CCAAACAAAACCCCUGAGUCCCACUCUUUUUCCCCACCGAUUUACACAAACCCACCGGUGUGAUUUCCUUCCGCUCCCACAGGUUCAUCUGGUGGACAGGAACGGCGUGGGCUUCUGCGGCGCGUCCAUCAUCAGCGAGAAAUGGGUAGUGACGGCAGCGCACUGCCUGCAGCCGGGUGACGAUGUCACUGCCGUGGCAGGUGAGUACAACACCAGCGAGGAAGACAAGACGGAGCAGCGGCGUAAGGUGGUGAAAAUCCUUCCCCAUCCCACGUACAACGCCACGAUCAACAAGCACCACAACGACAUCGCCCUCCUGGAGCUGGACCGGCCGCUCAGCUUCAACAGCAGCCCCUCCACCACCAUCCUGCAUAACAUGUUCUGCGCCGGCUUCCCGGCCGGAGGCAGUGACACCUGCGGGGGGGACAGCGGAGGUCCCUACACCACCGAGAUCGAGGGCACCUGGUUUCUCACGGGGAUCACCAGCUGGGGCGAGGAAUGUGCCAAGCCAGGUAAAUACGGCAUCUACACCAGGGUCUCCAAGUAUCUGAAGUGGAUAAAGGAAACCGUGAGGCUUACCUAA